AUGUCUCAUGACGUGAACGUUAAACCAGUGACGAUUCCGCGGCAGUACGGACAUCUGUUGUGCAACCCUAGUUCCCCUAGGGCCACAACGCAGUCCGCACAUGCACACAAAUGUCCGCACGGAAUCGCCACCUUCGAUGCAGGGUUCGCUAGGCACAUAGUGCAGAGUCCUGGUUCUCGUGGGUUUGCAGCUGGUACUGGCUCUGGGCCCGGUGCUGGGAUUGGACCCGGUGCUGGGGCUGGACCCGAUGCUGGGGCUGGACCCGAUGCUGGGGCUGGACCCGGUUCAACUCCUUCUCUUGCCUAUAACCCUCUCUUUGGAGAUGACACUGAUGCUGAUUCAAACUACUCUCCUGAUGAAAACUAUGAAAGCAGUACUUCUUCAUCAGAUUAUGAUGAAGAUUUGGAAGGACCCGUCCACGAUUUACCUGAAAACGCAAUUCCACCUCCAAAACAGCUCGGAAAGAAACGUGAAGGAGGACAGACCUGUGGAAGCGUGAAAAGACCAAAAGAUUAA